CGCACCAAGUGGAAAAUACAAUACAGCGCAAUUUUUUCCCAUCGGGUCAUGGAUUCGUUGUCAUGGCUCAUUUUGGAUCACUUCCGAGACUAUGACAAGUGGCCUUGGCAACGUGUAAAUCCAUUGGAGCAGCAACUUGAGGAUCAUCCAUCCUUCGUGUUUGCUGAGGUUCUCUUCAUUCUCCUUGCGGGCUUUGCUUUUCUGCAUGCCACCUGCGAGACUGAUGCUAAAGAAGAACGCCGUCUGAAGCUGAUAUGGUUGGCUACUUUCAUUGUCGGCACUGUCAAUGACUAUAUUUUCAUGCUGCUCCCGGUAGUCGACAACUUUUGGCAGGCUCAGGGCUUGGUCAUGCUCACACCGCGGAUGCCUCUAUACAUUCCCUGCGUGUACAACGGCUUCAUGUAUUGGUCCACAGUAGCAGCAGCUCGAGUCUUUCAGCAUUGGCGUCCAUGCGCUAUAGCAGAAGCAAGCCUAGCAGGUUUGCUGGCAAUGAUAUUCUAUGCCCCGUACGACAUGUGUGGUGCGAAGUUUCUUUGGUGGACUUGGCAUGACACAGAUCCUGGAGUUGCAUUACGCUGGUUGGGCGUUCCAGGUGGAAGUACAGCGUGGACAAUCACUUUCACAUUUUGCUUCUCACUCUUACUGCGGCUUGGAUCCGACCUUGGCUGGAGUCAGAUCAAGACCCUUGCAUUGGCCUGCUGGUCCACACCUCUCAUGCUUGUGGUGCUGAACAUUUUCACCAUUAUUGGCUUUGACAGGGUCGGCAUGCCUGGUCCACAGACAGUUUUGGCAGCUGCUCUUUGUUUUGCAAUGGCCUGUGUUUGCCAACCAAUCCCAAAGGUUUGGCCUCAAAAGAAGGUACAUCCUCUUAAGCGUCCAGAGCACUGGUCAGUCCGUGCUACCCUGUGCAUGUAUUUUGCCACCUUGGUGCUGAUUGGUUUGCUCUUUUCACCUGAGAAGCAGGUUUCUACGGGGGUUCACCAACAGUUUGGUGAUUGCCACGCCACGGACAUUGAUUUGAUGGGCUAUGAACGCAAGCGAUAUAUAUGCCGGGAGCGCUUCCCGACAGACUACUUCCAGUUUAACUGCCCUGAGGCCGCAAGGUCAAGCAUAACACCGGAGGCAAGCAUGACAGAUAGUGUGGCUUCAUGGUACACUGUGUGUGGACGACCGCACAGAAACUACAAAAGCUGGCUUUCCGGCUUGCUGGCCUUGUGUGGACUAGGUUCUUUGCUGUUCUACUUCUCCUUCUCCCUAUGCCAGGAGUCUGUGCCGAAGCCUCCACCAGCAAAGAUGGAAAGCUCAAAGGUUGAGUCGGUUGAGGUGUCAGAUGCAAAGCUUCGCAAGAGACGAACCCGAGAGUCUACACCAGGCAAAUGAGGGCUUCAAGACGAGCCAACAUGCGGCCAAAAAUCUUGCGCUGGAUUGGCAAGUCAUUCUUUUUCUGUUUGAGCUCAGCAAAGUGACCUGCAGUGAGCAUUGUCCUAGCAGUCGUUGUUGGGAUCCUGAGCGUCCAGGGCUUCACCUACGGCCGCAGUGAGCCAGCCGAUGCAGAGGGUGCCAGGGAGG